UCGGGGAACUUGCCUUCCGGGAUAUGUGGCCAUUAACAGGGCGGAGGGGCCCGUGUUUGUUUGGGCCAUCUGCAGGAGGAGAAAAAAAAAAAAAAGCAAGGACUGAAGGCACUGGCUGGUGGUACCUCCCUGCAAUAUUUCUGGGAGAACUUGGGCAGAGCUCUGUAAGAUCAAUUCAAUCCAGUUCGGACUUAAACAUGAAUUGCUGAAGAUACAGUUUGCUUUCCACGUAGAUGAAAGACAGUGGAUGAGGACUGUGCUGUGAAACAGAUGGGGUUCAAGGAAACACAUUUCCCCCUCUGGAAAGCAGCAUCUGUGAUAGCAAAGUACCCACACAAAAUAAAGAGUGGAGCAGAAGCUAAGAAACUGCCCGGCGUUGGAACAAAAAUUGCUGAAAAGAUUGAUGAGUUUUUAGCAACUGGAAAAUUGCGUAAACUGGAAAAGAUUCGGCAGGAUGAUACAAGUUCAUCUAUCAAUUUCCUGACUCGAGUUACUGGCAUUGGUCCAUCUGCUGCAAGGAAGUUUGUAGAUGAAGGAAUUAAAACAUUAGAAGAUCUCAGAAAAAAUGAAGAUAAAUUGAACCAUCAUCAGCGAAUUGGGCUGAAAUAUUUUGAGGACUUUGAGAAAAGAAUUCCUCGUGAAGAGAUGUUACAAAUGCAAGAUAUUGUACUAAACGAAGUUAAAAAAGUGGAUUCUGAAUACAUUGCUACAGUCUGUGGCAGUUUCAGAAGAGGUGCAGAGUCCAGUGGUGACAUGGAUGUUCUUCUGACCCAUCCAAGUUUUACCUCUGAGUCAAACAAACAGCCAAAACUGUUACAUCGUGUUGUGGAGCAGUUACAAAAGGUCUGUUUUAUUACAGAUACUCUGUCAAAAGGUGAAACAAAAUUCAUGGGUGUUUGCCAGCUUCCCAGUAAAAAUGAUGGAAAGGAAUAUCCACACAGGAGAAUUGAUAUCAGGUUGAUACCCAAGGAUCAAUAUUAUUGUGGUGUUCUCUAUUUCACUGGGAGUGAUAUUUUCAAUAAGAAUAUGCGAACUCAUGCCUUAGAAAAGGGUUUCACAAUCAAUGAAUACACAAUCCGUCCCCUAGGAGUCACUGGAGUUGCUGGAGAACCCCUGCCAGUGGAUAGUGAGAAAGACAUCUUUGACUAUAUCCAGUGGAAAUACCGAGAGCCCAAGGAUCGAAGUGAAUGAGGCCUAUCCUUCCCCCAGCACAGCCCAACAGGAGUCUUAAUUUAUUUCUUAACCUUUGCUAUGUAAGGGUCUUUGGUGUUUUUAAAUGAUUGUUUCUUCUUGUUUUAGCUUGUACCAUAGUCAAUAAAAACUCAUGCACUAUUA